AUGAGCUCAGAGGUGCUGGUGUCCCGGCCGCACUACGAUGACAGAGCAGUAGCCCUGGGCGUCCCUGCUCAGGACCCCCCAGUGGAACCAGACGUCACACCACCAUCCUCCGGCUCUGCUCCUGUUGGGUACCGCUCGGCCAAGUAUACACCGGCCGAGUGGUUCUCCAAGUACCACAGCAUUCUACAGAAGGCCACCACAGACCAUGGUGAAGCAGAGAGGGUACAGAGACUGUCAAAAGUCCUGUCCCAGGACACAGAGACUGACACGCAGCACACACAGGCUCAGAACACGCGUCUGCUGGGGGACCGGCUGCAGGACAUCCACUACUGGAGGUCUGAGCUGCAGCAGCACAUCUCCCAGCUGCAGGCUGACAUACAGGCUCUGUGCGGGCAGAGGCUGAGGCUGGAGAGAGCGCUGGACGCUACAGAAAUACCCUUUGCCAUAGCUACAGACAACCUGACCUGUCGGACCCAGAGGCCAGCACCAGACCUGGUCCAGGACUUGGUGGAAGAGGAGCUGCUCAAGGAGGUGGACCUCAUCAAAAACAUCCAGGCUCUGCUGAGGAGGACCACAGCUCAUGUGGUCAGUCAGAUCAAGAUGCUGGGCCUCAGCUCCCUGUUGCUGCUGCUGCUCUGCGCAGCUCAUCUGUCCGCUCAGGACGUGCUGGUGCGACUCGCAGGUGUGGGCCGGCGCGGCCCAAAUGAGGGCCGUGUGGAGGUCUUCUAUAACGGAGCCUGGGGAACCAUCUGUGACGACGAGGUGGACCUCAAUCUGGCCAAGGUGGUCUGCCAGCAGCUGGGCUUCCUCCGUAGCCUCACAUGGGCACACAGCGCCAAAUUUGGUGAAGGACAAGGUUUGAUCUGGUUGGACAACGUUAUGUGCAGCGGCACAGAGCAGUCCAUUGCAGAGUGCCGCUCCAAUGGCUGGGGCAUCAACGACUGCACCCAUGCAGAGGACUUGGGUGUAAUCUGUGGCCCUGAGAGGAGGCCAGGGUUCCCUCCUGCAUCAAUGGACGAAACCUCUUACAACCGGCCUCCUCAGCCCCAGCAGGGGGCCCAUGAGCAAGUGCAGCCAGUGGGGCCUCCAGCUGAGCUUGCACCCCACUCUCACAACCCCUCACGGGGGCAUCAGAUCGCUCUUCAUCGUGGGGCAUCCUCAUCGCGCCGUAGUAGUCUGUCACCGCAGCAAAACGGACAUGAGAUUCAGAUCCUCCGCAGACACCGCGGAAGCUCCAGACCGGGACAACAGAGUGGCCAGGGAGUGCCACAGGGGCACCAGCUGCCAUCUCGCCUCAUCAACAGCGCCGCCUACAGGCAGAGACACGACACAACAAGGCUAAGUCCACAAGCAGUGAGACGAGAGGCAGAGGGCCAGAUGAACAGACCCCCGGCCCAUUCCCAAUCAGAGAGGCGUCCUGACCAACAGCCCCUCAGCGGGAACCAUGUGGACCCAGAGCCCGUGUAUCCUGACCCAGGACAUGAGACUCAAUACACACAGGGGGCCGAGAAGGCUCAUGUGGAGGAGAUCCGUCUGCGGCCAGUGUUGACCGGUAAUCAUGGUGGUCUGGUCACAGAAGGGGUGCUGGAGGUCAAACAUGCUGGAAAAUGGCGUCAUGUGUGCAACCACGGAUGGGACCUGAGCAGCAGUCGUGUCGCCUGCGGCAUGUUGGGAUUCCCAGCUGCACAAGCCCUUGACUUGAACCCUUACAGGAAACUGUGGGACUCCAAACUGUCUGAUCCAUCUUCCAGGCUGGGGGGGCUGGUCUCUAAGAAGGCUUACUGGGUGGAGAAGGUGCAGUGUCAGGGCGUGGAGGCUUCUCUGUCUCAGUGUCAGACGCUGCUGUCUCUGCCCCGCGAAGAGGUGCCCUGUCGCGGCGGGAUGCACGUGGUGGUCCGCUGUGUCCCUGGAGCUCAGUUCAGCCGCUCCGGCAGAGCUCCUGCUCCUCCCGCCACACCUCCAGUAGUGCGUCUGAAGUCCGGGCCCCGGCUUGGAGAGGGCCGGGUGGAGGUCCUGAAGGAGGGCAAGUGGGGCUCCAUCUGUGACCAUCUGUGGGACAUCAGUGACGCCAACGUGGUCUGCAGAGAGCUGGGCUUUGGGACCGCCAAAGAGGCCAUGGGACAGGCUCAGCUGGGACAGGGUACCGGCCCCAUCCACAUGAACAGUGUCCAGUGCACAGGCCGGGAGAGGACCAUCAGCGAAUGUAGCUACAGACCAGUACCGCUGUACACCUGCAAACACAACCAGGAUGUGUCUGUGCGAUGCAAUGUUCCCAUCACCGGGAUGCAGGCUUCGGUGCGCCUGGCUGGAGGAAGAGAAAGAGCUGAGGGUCGAGUGGAGGUGCUGAUGGACGUUGGAGGAGUGAAGCGAUGGGGUUCUGUGUGCAGCGAAAACUGGGGGAUCAACGAGGCCAUGGUGGUGUGCCGACAGUUGGGUCUGGGCUUUGCGUCCAAUGCACAUCAGGAGACGUGGUACUGGCCCAGCUCUGCAGACGCUGGAGAGGUUUUACUGAGUGGAACACACUGCACCGGCAGCGAAAUGUCCAUCCAACACUGUCGACGAAACACAAACGUCUACUGUCCCAGAGGAGGAGAGGGCCGAGCAGCAGGAGUCACUUGUGUUGAGGCUGCCCCUGACCUGGUGGUGGAUUCUCAGCUGGUCCAGGAGACGGCGUACCUGGAGGAUCGGCCGCUGCACCUGCUCACCUGUGCUCAGGAGGAGAACUGUCUGUCGUCCUCCGCGGCCCGGAUGCACUGGCCCUACGGCCACCGGCGUCUGCUGCGCUUCUCCUCACGCAUCAUGAACGUGGGACAGGCUGACUUCAGGCCGCGAGCCUCCAGGGAGGACUGGGUCUGGCACCAGUGCCACAGGCACUACCACAGUAUUGAAGUCUUUACCCAUUAUGAUCUACUGACACUCAACGGGACUAAAGUGGCUGAAGGACACAAGGCAAGUUUCUGCUUGGAGGACACCUACUGCCCUGAAGGCCUCCAUAAGCGCUACGCCUGCUAUAACUUGGGACAACAGGGCAUCUCUGUGGGCUGCUGGGACACAUACCGCCACGAUAUUGACUGUCAAUGGAUCGACGUAACAGAUGUGCGGCCGGGAGAAUACAUCUUCCAGGUGGAAGUCAAUCCUUCUUUAGACAUGGCAGAGUCUGACUUUCAGAACAACGUGAUGCGGUGUCGAUGCAAGUACGACGGAGCUCGAGUUUACAUGUUCGGCUGUCACGCAGGCGAUGCAUACAGCGCAGAGGCUGAGGAUUUGUUCGACCAUCAACAGCAGAUUUCCAACAACUUCCUGUGA